AUGAGAGAUAACAAGGAGCUGGAGUCAGAGCGAGUAAAGCUUCUGGAGGAGGUGACCUCCAACAAGAGGAAGAUGCAGGAGCUGGAGGACAACCUGCUGUACCGUCUGACCAGCACCCAGGGCUCUCUGGUGGAGGACCAGAGCCUCAUAGACGUGCUGCGGGUCACCAAGACGACCGCCGAGGAGGUGAGUGAGAAGCUGACGGUUGCCGCGGAGACGGAGGUGAAGAUCAACCAGGCCAGGGAGGAGUACCGCCCCGUGGCCACUCGGGGCAGCAUCCUCUACUUCCUGAUCGUGGAGAUGUCCCUGGUCAACCUCAUGUACCAGACGUCGCUGCGGCAGUUCCUGGGGAUUUUCGACACAUCCAUGGAACGUUCCGUCACGUCUCAGAUCACCUCCAAGCGCAUCGGCAACAUCAUCGAGUUCCUGACCUAUCAGGCGUUCCGCUACACUGCGAGGGGGCUGUAUGAGGACCACAAGUUCCUGUUCACGCUGCUGCUGGCGCUCAAGAUCAACCUGCAUGAUAGUAACAUCUCCCACGCUGAGUUCCAGACCUUCAUCAAAGGUGGAGCUGCUCUGGACCUGAACUCAGUGGAGCCCAAGCCCAGACGAUGGAUCCUGGAUCUGACCUGGCUCAACCUGGUCCAGCUCUCCAGCCUGGCUCCCUUCAGCCAGCUACUAGCCCAGGUGAGCCACAACGACCGUCCCUGGAGGGCUUGGUUUGACCAGCCUGCGCCCGAGGAUGCCCCCCUGCCAGAGGACUAUGACACCAACCUGGACACCUUCCGCAAGCUGCUGCUGAUCCGGAGCUGGUGCCCUGACCGGACCAUCGCCCAGGCGCGUCGCUACAUCGCUGAGUCCCUGGGGAGUAAGUAUGCUGAGGGGGUGGUCCUGGACAUGGAGGGCAUGUGGGCAGAGAGUGAACCCAGGACGCCCCUGGUCUGCCUGCUCUCCAUGGGCUCCGACCCCACUGAGAACAUCGAGAGGCUGGCCAAGUCCAAGGGGGCGCAGUGCAGACCCAUAUCCAUGGGCCAAGGACAGGAAGUGCAUGCUCGCAGGCUAUUGGCCCACAGCAUGACAGACGGGGGCUGGCUCCUCCUGCAAAACUGCCAUCUGGGACUAGACUUUCUGGAUGAGCUGCUUGAGACGGUUACCGCGGCGACGGAGGGAGUUCAUGAGGGCUUCAGGGUGUGGCUGACCACGGAGCUGCACCCUGGCUUCCCCAUCAACCUGCUGCAGUCUGCCAUCAAGUUCACCAACGAGCCGCCGCAAGGUAUGAAAGCGGGUCUGAAGAGGACCUAUAGCAGUGUGACCCAGGAGCAGCUGGAGAUCACCAACCUGCCUCAGUGGAAACCUCUGCUCUACGCUGUGGCCUUCCUGCACACCACCGUCCAGGAGCGUCGUAAGUUUGGCCCGCUGGGCUGGAACAUCCCAUAUGAGUUUAACCAAGCAGACUUCACCUCCAGCAUGCAGUUCAUCCAGAACCACCUGGACGAACUGGACCCUCGACGUGGCGUCAACUGGACCUGUCUUAGAUACAUGCUGGGAGAGGUCCAGUACGGAGGCCGUGUGACGGAUGACCUGGACAAAUGUCUCCUGAACACGUUCACACGCGUGUGGUUCAGUGAGAACACGUGUGGGGACAAGUUCUGCUUCUACAAGGGCUACACCAUCCCCCGGGCCAAGAGCGUCUCAGAGUACCUGCAGCACAUCGAGACCCUGCCUCUGGUCGACUCCCCUGAGGUGUUCGGCCUCCACCCCAAUGCUGACAUCACCUACCAGACCAACCUGGCCAAUGAGACCCUGAGCACCAUCAUCAACAUCCAACCAAAAGACAGCGGGGGCGGGGGCGGGGAGACAAGAGAGGCAACCGUUCAGAGGCUGGCCAAUGAGAUGCUGGAGAAACUACCACCUGACUAUGUACCACAUGAGGUCAAAGGUCAGCUCCACAAGAUGGGUCAUCUCCAGCCAAUGAACAUCUUCCUCAGGCAGGAGCUGGACCGCAUGCAGCGAAUUAUCAGCUCUGUGCGGAGCACGCUCACUGACCUCAAACUGGCCAUUGACGGAACCAUCAUCAUGUCGGAGGACCUGCGCGACGCCCUGGACAGCAUGUACGACGCCCGGGUCCCACGCCUGUGGCUGAGGCUGAGCUGGCAGUCUGCUACCCUGGGCUUCUGGUUCACUGAGCUGCUGGAGAGGAACCAGCAGUUCCAGCCCUGGAUCUCUCAGGGGCGGCCGCACCAGUUCUGGCUCACCGGCUUCUUCAACCCUCAGGGCUUCCUGACCGCCAUGCGCCAGGAGACCACUCGUAGCAACCUGUCCAAGGGCUGGGCCUUGGACACGGUCGUCCUGAACAACGACGUCACCAGGAUGAUGAGAGAGGAUGUCUCCGCCCCUCCGCCAGAAGAUGUGGGCGGAGUCUACGUGUACGGCCUCUUCCUGGAUGGGGCGGGGUGGGACAAACGCAACGCCAAGCUCACAGAGGCUCCGCCCAAGGUCCUGUUCACGGCCCUGCCCGUGGUUCAUGUGUACGCCGUCAGCACGGUGGCUGCGGACGGGAGAAGGCCGCAAAGCCUGAACCUCUACCCCUGCCCUGUGUACAAGAAGCCCCGCCGCACUGACCUCACCUUCAUCUUCACCCUGCAGCUGCGCACCCAGCCCAGCCCAGACCACUGGACACUCAGGGGAGUGGCCCUGCUCUGUGACUGCAAAUGAG